AUGUCUCGCGAUCCGGCCGAUGCAAACAGUCGAAUGACAUAUGAACGUUUUCUUGAAUUUGAACGUUUAAUGAAAGGAUAUUCUUCAUCAAGAUUCCAACCUUAUAAUCCAGCACCAAUCGGUCUCUGUGCUUUUGCCUUAACAUUAUUUGUUUAUUCAAUGUACAUGGCUGGUGCAACUGUUCCUGUCUCAACUACACCUAGUAUGGCAAUGGGUCUUGCACUUUUCUAUGGUGGUUUGAUUCAAUUUCUUGCUGGUUUAUUUGAAUUGCGCAUAGGAAACAACUUUAAUGCACUUUUAUUUUGUUCUUAUGCUGGUUAUUGGUUUGGACUUGGUGCACUUUAUGCAAGUACAUUUAGCUUUGCUAGUGGCAUAACAGAUACAAGUGUACAAUAUAAAGCAUUAGGUGUUUUCUAUCUUGCAUGGACAAUAUUUACAUUAGUCAUGUUAAUUGCAUCGAUUCGAACAAAUAUAGUUUUAAUAGUAUUUUUCUUCUUUUUACUGCUAACUUAUAUUUUAUUUACAGCAAGUUACUUUUUAUUAUGGGAUCAAAAUUUAUCACGUGCAGGAGGAGCUAUUGGAAUAUUUACAGCAAUCAUUGCUUGGUAUGCAGGAUUUGCAAGCUUAAUGAAAAAAGGUGACAAUUCAUAUUUCGAUCUGCCAGUGUUCGGUUUAUCACCAAAAUCUGGAGCAGAUUCAACUGGAGAUUCGGCGGUUGAAGUUCGUGUACAAAAACCAUGA